AUGCCUGGAACUGUAGAGACAAAGGCAUUGGCUCUAGCCAUGCGUCAAACACUUAAUUUACCAUCUACUCGAUUUCCUAUGCGUGCUAAUGCUUCUAUACGUGAACCAGAAUUAUAUAAACGUUGUGUUUCUCUUGCAUAUAUAAAUCAAGCAAUCGAUAAACCACUUUUUGUAUUACAUGAUGGACCACCAUUUGCUAAUGGUAGUCUCCAUAUGGGUCAUUUUCUUAAUAAAACACUGAAAGAUAUUAUCAAUCGGUAUCAAAUGAUGCGUGGAAAACGUAUACAUUAUAUACCAGGAUGGGAUUGUCAUGGUCUUCCUAUCGAACAUAAAGCAUUAAGUCUAUUGGAAUUAAAUGCAAAGGAAUUGUCACCGAUUCAAGUACGUGCAUUAUCAAGACAAUUGGCUCAAAAAGCAGUCAAAGAACAACAAAAGGAUUUUGAACGUUGGGGGAUACUAGCAGAUUGGUCUGGAACACAAGAUAGUGUCUACUUGACCAUGACACCAAACUAUGAAACAAGACAGUACGAUGUACUCAAGACAAUGGUACGCGACAAACUCAUUUUUAGAGGCUUUAAACCAGUAUAUUGGUCCCCAAGCUCUCGUACGGCUUUAGCCGAAGCAGAGCUUGAGUAUCAGGACGAUCAUGUAUCACGUGCUGCCUAUAUCAAGUUCCACUUUGCCUCCAUAGGGACAAAUUCAAAUCAAGAGGUAGCAAGAGUGACAAAGAAAUAUGGAAACCAUUUGUCAGCUGUAGUUUGGACUACCACACCCUGGACAAUCCCAUCUAAUCAAGCUCUUUGUCUUAACCCGGAGCUUGAGUAUGUAAUUGUGCGUCCUCGCAACGUAGACUUGAAGGAUUGUUAUUUGAUCGCAAAAGCACUACAGGAGACAUUUGCAACGAUAUUAAAGCGUGACAACGAGACGGAAGUGGAGCUGGAAGUACUUGAGACGCACAAAGGCACCAGUCUAAAAGGAACACACUUUUUUCAUCCGCUGGUAAAUCGCCAGGUGGUGGUGCUAAUGGGCGAUCAUGUGACAACGGAUGCUGGUACUGGCAUCGUGCACACGGCCCCAGGACAUGGUCAGGACGAUUACUUUGUCUGGAUGGCGCACCAUACAACGCCUGGUGAGCAUCCGGCUAUUCUUUGCCCCGUGGAUGACGAUGGCUGCUUUACUUCUGAUGCUGGACAAGAACUCAAUGGUCUCUGCGUGUUAGACGAAGGCAAUCUUGCGGUUAUUGGUUUACUGAAAGACUCAGGAAAUUUGCUUUCUAUCAGCGAAUACCAUCACCGUUACCCGUACGAUUGGCGCACCAAGAAGCCCGUAAUUUUGCGUGCUACAGCUCAGUGGUUUGCUCGCCUGGAUGCGCUUUAUGCACGGGGGAAGCAAGUAUUAGAAGAAUCGGUGCAGAUGGUGCCGCCCAGCGCUCGUCGACGUCUAGAGGCCACGCUGUCAAGUCGUCACGAGUGGUGCAUAUCUCGCCAGCGUGCAUGGGGAUUGCCAAUCCCCGUAUUUUACCAUAAAGCCACAGGUGAGCCGCUGAUCACGGAGGAAAGUAUCGAACACCUUCAAGGCAUUGUAAAGACGUACAACGUUAAAAAUGAGAAUGAUGAGACUGAGCGCGAAGGAGCUGACUGCUGGUGGGAUCUUUCCGUACGCGAGUUACUGCCAGAGUCGCUUCAGGAUCAGGCAGACCAGUACAAGAAGGGCAUGGACACACUGGAUGUGUGGUUUGACAGUGGCAGCAGUUGGCACGCUGUACCUCCUAAUCUAUGGAAGCCGAAUACAGAUGGGCUGCUUCGUGCUGAUGUGUAUCUUGAAGGAUCCGACCAACACCGUGGUUGGUUUCAGUCGUCAUUGCUUACGUCACUUGCAAUGCAGGGAACGGCACCGUACAAGACCGUCAUUACGCACGGCUUCACUUUGGAUGAGCGGGGCAGUAAGAUGUCAAAGUCUUUGGGCAACACGGUCGUGCCUAAUGAUUUUAUCAAUGGCUGCACGAUGCCAGUGCCCAUCGUUGGCAAGGAAUCGAAGAAGUCGAAAAAGAAUUGCAACAAUCCGCAACAAACGCUGAAGGUUAAGCAGGUCAAGGUACCAGCGUACGGCGCUGAUGUGCUGCGCUUUUGGGUGGCCACCACUGACUACACUGGUGAUGUGAGCAUUGGUCCUGCUGUCGUUGGCAAGGCCAGCGACGCGCUACGUAAGGUGCGCAACACGGCACGCUUUUUGCUCGGUAACCUGCAGGAUUUUGACCCAGCGCAGCACGCGGUCCCGCAUGAUAAAAUGCAGUUUUCACUCGAUCGCUACAUGCUGCACGAGCUCAACUCGCUAGCUCAGACAGUAAGUGCGGCAUAUGAUGCAUUUGCGUUCAACCGCGCCCAGCAUGCCCUCUCACACUUUAUCUCGACGGACCUGUCAGCUUUCUACAUGGAGGCUACUAAAGAUCGGCUGUAUUGCGACAAAGCCAACUCCGACGCUCGGCGAUGUGCGCAGACCGUGUUAUGGCUGUCAUUGCAAGCACUCACGCGUGCCCUUGCACCAGUGGUGCCACACAUUGCUGAAGACAUUCGACUUCACUGGGUUUCUCAGCUGCACGGUGAUAUUCCUCUUGAAGACGUUCCUGGUAGUGUAUUUCUGGAAGAAGGCUGGAUGCCUAGUGCCGAGGAGUGGAAGAAUGAUGACUUGGCCCGAAACUGGACUACUAUACGUCAGCUGCGCUUUGAAGUGAAUCGGGUGGUGGAGCAGAUGCGUCAAGCAGGUCGUGUCGGUAGCCAACUUGAAUGCAAUGUGUAUGUUGUUGCAUCCGAGUCCGACCCACGCGCUACAGCACUACUGUCUCCGCUCGUAAGCAGCACUUCAGAACUUGAAGACGUGUUUCUGUGUUCUGGCGUGGAUAUCGUAGACUCUGAAGCUGAGAUUAAGAGCGCAGAGCAAUUCAAAACGAGCUCCAAAUUGACAAUAGGUCCAAGCAAUGCUCCAAUUGACGUAAAGCUGGUGUUAACUCCGGCCAAGGGGCACAAGUGCCCGCGGUGCUGGAAGCACAAACCUGAGGUAGAUGCUGCAGAGACGCAGCUGUGUAUUCGCUGUGUCCGAGCCACAGACCUUCGCAGCGUCACCGAUUUGGCAAAGACGCUGAUACAUGAAAUAGCAUGA